UGUAUGGUGUGACAGGUCGAAGGAGUCGCUGUAGCCAUGCUUCGUCCAGUCUGACGAGUCCUUGAGCUCCGGCCUGGCAUUGCGCUUCGCCUCUUUAAUCCUCUUCUUGCUCUUGUGGUUCAUUCCUCCAGUGGGACUGGGGUUGCAAUAUCAAGAGAUCUAGCAAGAGGCUAGCUAUCUAGCUACACUGGGGAUAUUAUAUGAAGUGAUCUAGCAGCAGGUUAGCUAGCUAGCUAAACUGGGGCUGACGGAGAAGCACAUUCGCUAGCGAAUGUGUGUGAGGCCGGCUACGAACUGGGAAAGUUAAGCUAGUUUGGAAAAUUCUUAGAUAAAAUCGGACGUUCUUUAUUUAAAAAAUACCUGGUGGGUUAUCAAUAUUCUUUCAUAUGUACCGCUUCGCUCCUGUUUAAUGUGGGAGGUGUUUGAUGAACAACUAGCAUGAUGCUAGUCUGCUUUCUAAUUAUACAAUAAAAUGAGCCCGCCCCUCGCUGAUCUCAGUGGACGCUGAUUGGUUACAGCCGUUGCGCGUGGAGACGGUGAUUCGUUGAACUGUAGUAUACGCCUUCCCGCCACGGCUCCUCAUUGGUCAAUCACUUCUUGUUCUUUUGUUCAAUGAAAUCGGACUCGGAACAAGCGUGGUCGAAUUUUGGGAUGUAUAGCAUUGAGUACCUAUUGAAGUUCUACUAAACCCAAAUGGACGAAAGUAUAACCUCAGAUCUCGACAUAGUUCUGAAAUCAUUCACUUUUGAAGAAAUUGAGGGUACACAGGAAUCACUGACUGUCACCAUACCCGAGGUUCUUGACCCCCAAUAUGGCAUGUACGUGUGGCCGUCGGCGGUCAUCCUCGCCCAGUAUGCAUGGACGCACCGUGGUCAGCUUGCGGACAAGACCCUCCUGGAGCUUGGGGCCGGUGUGUCUCUCCCGGGGGUGGUGGCAGCCAAAUGUGGCGCCAGGGUGAUCCUGUCCGACAGUGCCCGGUUGCCCCUCUGCCUGGAAAACUGCAGGAGAAGCUGUGCUGCCAACGGGCUGGACGGGGUACCCGUUAUGGGGCUGACUUGGGGGGAAAUUUCCCCAGCGCUAGUGUUCCUUCCUGCGCUAGACGUCAUUCUAGGAUCCGACGUUUUCUAUGAACCAGAAGAUUUCGAGGACGUCAUUGUGAGCGUCGCUUUUCUUCUGAAGAAAAGCCCCAAGGCAGAGUUUUGGACCACGUAUCAAGAGAGGAGCGCUGACUGGUCCAUAGAAGCGCUGCUGCACAAGUGGAAGCUUCAAUGUGUUAGUGUCCCGCUACCUAGCUUUAAUGCUAAUCGGACUCAACUAGCUGGCUCUACACUUCCUGGCCGACAUACGGUUCAAAUGCUAAUUAUUAAACUGGACGCCUAGCAUCUAUCCUGGUCAAGUAUUGCUAUGAUUGAGUCUUACCUUGAAGACUUGCUUGAGAAAGAUACACAGGGAUUUAUUGGAUUGGUUCAUUAUUGUUGUAUUACAUUGAGCUUUAUUGUUAGCCUCCUGCAUUUCACAAUGUAAUGCACUUGCACGAUUGUCAAUAAAGCAACUUGGGAGAAAAAAAAAUACGCGAGUCC